UAUUUCGUUAUAUCGUUGCAUCCUUCCUUAUUGUGGGUCUGGUCAUCUUGGUCUGUGGUCUGUCAGUGGAUAAAGUAGAGGUGUUUUUUUUAAGUUUUAGUAAAUCGUUGAUUAAAGAUUAUUCAGAACUAAAAUGUUUAAUUUGUCUAUUAUAAAACAAUUCUCAAGAUUAUCAGUAACAUGUACAGCUUCAAUAAAGCAAAUUUACUCAAGAAAUAUAUUUACAAGUAGUGCGCUGCAGUUCAAAAUUACAGAACCUUUAUGUGCUGAACCUAUGAAAAAAAAGAAGAAAAUAGAUCCUGCUAUAAUCAAAGCACGAGAAGAACGUCGCCGUAAGAAAAUUGAAAAACAAAUUAGAAGAUUGCAAAAAAAUGCAAGACAACUUAAACCGAUCGAAGAAAUGGAAGUACCUUUGCAUCUUUUCGAUGAGAUGAGUAAACGAAAGAGGGCACCUGUAAAACUUUCUCCUGAGGUGGUGGAGGCUCGUGCACUACUUCAGAAAGAUUGGGCCAAGUAUAAGCAACAGGAGUACAUGAGCCAUGUGGCUCAGAUAGAUCGUAUAAUGGCAGCUCAGAGGAGAGCACUUGAUAAGCUUUAUGAAGAAUCUGAGGAACUCUAUGAUGAAGCUAUUAUGCCAGAUUUGUCACUGAUACCCUACACAAUAGAUGGACCAGUUGUGACUCCACCCAUCAAGGACUACUUAUCACCAGACGGCGAAUAUAUAGAUGUGACCAAGAAGUGGGAUAAUUAGUCAUAAAUGCAUUAUAGUUAGUGUACAGUAGCAAAUAUUAAUAAAUUUUUAAUUUUAUUCUUAAACACUUUUUAAACUUUCCUGAAAGACCUUGCAAUGAAUUUUAGGGAACAGAUGAUGCUGCUUUUAUAC